AUGAACCAAUCCCUUGAAAAUAAUCUACAAGUUAUCCUCAAAGUGCUUUCAGCCGCCGAAAGAGAAGAAAUCGAUCAAGAGGUCACGGCCUUCAUGGCCGAGUUUGGCCACAUGUUUGGGAGCCACCUCAACGAAGCUAUCUCGAAUGAUGACGCUUCAAAGAGUGGUACUCCAAGCGCCGACCCCUCAGCAAAUGAAACAAACACACAAGACACAAGAAAAGACACACAGGAGGACCUUUCUUCCGCAAAGUCACCAGUCAUGUGCGACAGAUUCGCGCACUUGAGCCCGGAGCUCGCCUCACACGCCAGAGCGAUCGAACGCUACAACUUUCUCAAGCGCCACUGUCCCUGGAGUCAGGAUGAAGCAUUUUUGAACAUGAUGUGUUCACUGCAGAAUCACCCACAAACUAUGGGUCUUCCACCGAGCUCAACUGAGCCUUUGGCCGAUGAGUCAUCCGAGAAAGGUGAAGGGGCAAGCCCGCGUGAGAGUCAGACCGAUGUCCAUGCUGAGACCAAGUAG